AUGGAAAGCAAAUUUGCUCAUAAACGCGUAAUAGAACCAAAAUAUAUGAGAAAAAAAGUUGUAUUUGUUGAUCCUGAUGAUCCCUCAGCUUCUUAUUGGUGGCCAGCUUUGGUAGUUCCAAACAAGGAGAUAGAAAUUUUUAAACAAAAAAUGGACUAUGAUGUGCAAUAUCCUGGUGAAGGAGAAAAUCUAGUUUGUUAUUUUGAGGAUGGCUCUUAUUCUGUUGUGGCUGAAAAAGAUCAAAGGCCGUUUGAUCCAAACCUUCCUCCAUAUACUGAGUAUAAAGAAGGAAUAAAUGCUGAAAAAUUUUUAAAAGAUAAAGCGGUAGAACUGGCAACUCAAUACUUUGAAAAAGGAUGUAUCCCAACAACUUUCAAAUGGCUUCGUAAUGAGGAUGUCUUGGUGUCAUCAGCAUCAACAGGAAUUAUUGGUAGUGACAAUAAUCAUGAGUCAGAUAAUACAUACAAUACAGAUGAAGAUAAGCUCAUUGUCACAGAAAAAAAUCUUUACACACAUAAAAAGCAUAUACGAAAGGAAAGCUUUAGCAAUGCAUUUACAGAAUCAAACAAUUUGAAUAAAAAGGAGGCAAAUGUUCCUUCUAAAAAAGAUAACGUUGGAUCAAUUAUUAAAAAAGAAAAUAUUCCAGGUUCACAUAAAAGAAAUAUUGGACCAUCAAGCACAUCAAAUUCACGUAAUUCAAAAUCGACAAAAAUUAAAACCUCAUCAAAUGUUAGUAAACAACAAACAACUAAUACCUCAUCAUUGGCAAAUAAACAUCUCUUCACAUCUAUUCAAAACUCAAAUACAAAUUUAUCCAUUCAAAAUAAAUCAACAAAAGAUAAUCAAACCCAAAAUGAUAAAUUGUCACAUAUAUCAUCAACAGCGAUGUCUUCUACUUCUGCUGCUGCUGCUACACCUAUUACCACCACAGAACGUGCUCCAACUACAAGAGCAAAAACUUGUUCACAUUGUGGUGAAAAAACCAGUUUACGAGAUAAUAGUAAUGGCGAACCAAAGCUUUUUUGUGGAGAAUGUGGUCAAUUGAUGAAUUCAAUUAUUGCAAAUGGAAUACCAAUUAUUGAAAACGAAUAUUAUUGGAAUAAUUUUAUUGAGAAAAAAAGGAAAUAUCCAGCAAGGCUAUGGGGAAGCAAAUCUAAUAAAGUGGAAAUGAAUGUUUUGAAUGGUAUUUUGCCCAUUAAUAAAAGACAAAAAUGGCUAUAUCGCGCCGAAGGUUAA